UGACGUCACAGUUCAAAGGUCACACGCUACGGAAGCUGUAUCCACGUGUGUUUUAUCAAUUCUGUUGCGUUCAAAUGUGCUUAAAUAACGACGCGCAUCAACAUGGGGAAGAACAAGAAUAGUAAAAACGACUCGAGAGAGGUGGUUGACAAGACCGGACAGCAACCGAGUGCGAAGAAGCAGAGACGAGAUGGGAAAGGCCCAAAAGAACACAAACAAGUUGACCACCUUGAGCACAUCCCCUUCAAGCUGCAGGAGAUCAUAAAGAGCAAGGAGAGAAUGCAAAGUGGCUCUUCGAAUGCAAAGAAAUUCAAAGACGGCACCUUCCUUCAUAGAAAGCCAGAGAAGUCUGAAGUCAAGGACUUGAUCGUCCCGCGUUUCAAGCGAAGAAAGCGGGAGAGUGAGUUUCAUUUUGUGCGGCGAAUGGAGAUGGCGUCGAAGCACGUCUUCUUCCUCACCAAAAACCAACCUGAGAGGAAACCUGAGCUGGCCGAAGACGAACAAGAGAAGCCUGUAGACCAGGGCAAGUCGGAAAAAAGGAAAGAGUACGACAAACUGAGAUUGCAGAAGCGACAGCAGAAAAAGUUGGACCGAGAGGAAGACCGGAUGGAAAAGGAGAUGUUCAAAGAUGACAUUGCUUUUGGCGAGGUUACAUUGGAACCACCUUCACUGACCAGCAAACCCAAGAAAGCGCCCGUCAAACCUCAGGCCGCCGUGAAGGAGCUCCUCCUCAACUCGCUCCUCGGCCACACGCCGACGUCCGCGGCCAAGCCCUCCAUGGCCAGGCGGAGGAUCGUGGAGGAGGAGCGACAGCGGGCCGUGCUGGCCUACCGCCAUCUGAAGAAACAGAGACAGCAGCGGCAGGAGGAGGCCAGGACUGUAAAAGGAAAGGCCCGCAAGUAAUGAGGCACAACGGCGAGAACUCGUAUUUUUAUCGCAGGCGUUUUUUCGGGUAAAAGUGAUGCGGCUGAAGGUCUGGAAGAAGCUCACAUUUGCAUCGCGGGAAGAGACAUUCAAACGCUGUUGUCUUGACGAGAGGACGCCCACUUCAUCCUUUAACUUGUUCCAACACGCAAUUGUUGUUCUCUUCUAAUUGUGGCCAUGUAUUUAUUUGUUACAAUACACAGGGAGUCCUCGGUUUACGACGGUAUCGACAUACGACGUUACGAACGGCGUACAUUGACGUAGUUGGCGUAGAAAUGCUUCCUCAUACGAUAAGGUAUUACCGCCGUAAUUACAGUUUACUUUUUACGUUUACGGCCGAGGUUAGACCGUAUCGCUGAGAGGCCACUUGAUGGCAGUGUUUCCGAAAACAACAGUCCCAUCUCAUUUCUGAUCUACAGCACCGAUAACGUAAAACUGUUUUUACACUCCCUGAAUGUAAAGAAAACCUCAACAACAGAGUAAAGUGUAUUUUUCUUGCUUUUCUAAUGCAAGUGA